AUGCGCCGUCUCACGGCUUUGGCCUUGCUGCUCUGCUUGGAGGUAGCCCUUGCGCAAGAGCUCGCCGUGGUGCGACCUUUUGCAAGCAGCCAGGAAAUCGAGGACAUGGAUGAAGCCUUUGCACUUUGGAACACGGUUUCCCCAUGUGGCGACAAAGCCCUCGCCGAAUUCGAUUUGAUUCUUGUGUAUAGCAGAAAAUUUGGUCAAAAUCCGGAUGCGCUUGAUGCAGUGGAGCGCGUCAGCACCGCCUUCCGAGAAAGAACGCAGCCGUGGCACAGGUGUUUUCGAGAAGUGCACGUAAAGGCUGCGAACUUGACGGCUGACGAGGAUGUCUAUGAUUCUCGCGGCUAUGCCGUGCGCAAGGAUUGGGUGAAUGGCCCGAACAAAGUCUUUCGCUACAUUCUGCGCAGUUUCCUGGACAACACACUCGCCCCUGCUGACUACUAUGCCUUCUAUUUCAUGGAAUUUGACUCGGUCCCACUGCGAAGCCUCUGGUUGGAUCAGCUAUAUGCGGAGGUCGUGAUUUAUCCCCGGGCCGCCAUCCGUGGUAGCCGCUAUCGCGGUGAUUCCUGGGAUCCUUUCUUAGACGAAAUCUCGGCCGAGUUGCUCCAGCACCUCAACGGCAACGCCAUCUACUUCAAGCAUCCGUGGCUAGAGUUCCUAGCCGAUCAGUUGGAGGAAGAUGAAGCCGAAGGUAACACCAGUACGGCCUUCGACGUACGCAUGGCGGCAUUGACUCUACAGGCAUCUCUGGAAGCGGCAGACAAUGCCACUACAUCCCUGGCUGCCGCAUGGAAGCAACACGUCCCAGAAGGAGAGCAGCCAUAUCGGGAUGACUCUCUGCUGGUUGGAAACUAUGCCAACACGUUGCUGAACAGAAGCUUUGAUGCCGGUGAACUUGUGCGUCAUGCGGCUCUGAACAACUUGCUGCACAAUAUCAACCAAUCUCAGCUCACUUUAGCCGUGAUCGCCUAUGACGAUUGGUGGGAGUCUAAGCUCCUUCAGAGCCUGGAGUGGGCACACCACCCUUUCCGUAGCGUCGUGAUCUUGGCGGACGGGAUCGGAGAGAGCACCACAGAAAUUGAAACUCCCGGAGGUCCGACUCUCUUGAAAGAGAAGGCUUGGGAUGGUUGGGCAGGAGGAUCGGAGCGAGUGCUUUGCGAUGCUGCAUCAGCAGUCACCACGGAGCAAUUUGUGUUUACCGACACCUACCACUUCAUUUCAGGGCCAGUGCAGCUUUUGGUGGACGAUCAGGGCCAUCCUGUCCUGCCCUACAUACCGUCCUCCUCGAGCUACUGUACUCGGCACCGGGAGUGCUCGUCAGCCUUGGACCAGGCCGAAACGUUCUUUGGAGUCGAGCUGCUUUAUCACCACGACACCUUUGAAACGGUCUUCGUGACCGAGGAUGUCAAGACCUUCUGUGCGGACUGGGAUGUGGCAGCCGCCUAUCUUGGGAGCUACGAGAACUGCGACUACCUGCUCGGCCCAACGGCAGAUGACUACAUUGCUUGGUUGAUCUCUACGAAGAGGCCGUACAGGUAUAUGCCGAAGAACAAGGAGCGGGUCGGCUGGAGGCCUUGGACCUCGCUGUGGACUCCACCUCCACUUGACGAGCGCGACUGCAGCCUCUACCGGGAAGGUGAGUACAUGGCCCGGCUCGCCAGCAUUGACGAAUGCAGUUUCUUCAUGGAGGAUGCCCGUGCCUGCGACUUCAGCCCGAACUGCACCUUCCGACCUCUCUUUGAGUCUGGUAAAUGCAUGCAGACGAGGCAGUUCGAAUUGUUACCUCGCCCUCCGAUUUCGUUUACAUGGACUUCCACCACAACGCUUUCAGCGACCAGGUUUACAAGCACAGACACAGCAACCGCAACUGCCACUACCACCUCUUCAACAAGUGCGUCAACAACAGCUUCUUUCACAACCUCCACAUCCACAACCAGCUCUUGGACUCGGACACGAACGAGUACUGCCACGUCGUCAACGACAUUCCUUCCCACUUCUGCAACAUGCCGGGUACCGGACAUUGCAGGAGCCGAGGCUUGCUACUCACUACAGCCUGGAGAAACUUGCCAAGUACCUUGCCCCGUGGGCUAUCAGGGGGAGUCUUCUGAGUACACCUGCUUAGAGAACCUGACCUUCGCUGGCGAGCAGCCGGAAUGCAUCAGGACAACUACCUCAAUCACAGAAGAAGGCGACCGUCGAUGUUCGACGGGCCUUCCGAUGACUCCUGGCGCUGAUGUCAGCGAUUGCUUCGGCAUCGCCGCAGGGGCAGCUUGCACGGUUCGCUGCUCUGGCAGCUUUGCGGGCUCUCCGGUGCAGUAUUACUGCGCUGCAGACGGCGUCUUUCGACCCACGGGGGCUGCUUUGGAAUGCCAGGAGAGGUUCUGCGACACGUCUCAGUUGCCGAGCGGCUACGACGUCGCUUCCUGCGCGCAGACAUCUGUUGGGGAGGUAUGCUUCGUGAGAUGUCCAGACGGAUAUCUUCCAGCAGAGUCGCUGUACGUAUGCGGAGCAGAUGGUCUUUUCCUGGGCUUUCCGCCAACUUGCGAACUCGCGGAUUGCAGCUCGGAUCUCUCGACCAAGGCAGGGGACCUUAGCAGAAACUUCUCUGACUGCUCUGGAAUCCUGGCCGGGAGUGACUGCAUCGUCCGGUGCGCGUUUGGCCACGAAGGGGAUCCAGCAACGUACACCUGCCUGCCGGAUGGUACGCUUGCAGGACCUGUUCCAGGUGUCCCUUGCCAGCCGAAGACCUGCCCUGUGCCCGAUGCUCUGGCAGAUCCCAGUUUUGGAACAAACUGCAUCGGGACCCGUCAUGGCGAAACUUGCCGGGCUGCAUGCAGUCCUGGCUUUUCUGGAUUGUCGGAGCAACUGCGCUGCGACAACGGGGUUUUGCAAGGAUCGCUGCCGAAGUGCACCGGAUUCCCUUGCUCCCUGGAGGGUGUGCGGCUGGAGCCAGGCAUGGAUGCAAGCGACUGCACAGGGAAGCGAUCUUUGGAGGAGUGCUUUGUCCAGUGCGGCCGUGGAUUCUCCAGCCAAGGAAGUCCGGUGAUGACCUGCCAAACGAACGGCAGAUUCACCCAACACUCGUUAGUCUGUACUCGGAGAAUUUGCGGAGACUUGUCUGCCGUGCCGGGGUUCAGCGAUGCUUCUGUCGUAAACUCUUGUGCUGGGCGUGGAUUUGGUGAGGUCUGCUCUGCAUUCUGCCGCCAGGGUUGGGAGUUGCAAGGCAAUGCCACUGUCCUUGUUUGCGACGAUGCACCGGAUAACAGUGCAGGAUUCUCUGUGUACUUCGAAAGCGAUGGCCGAUUGGUCCAUGCCGCUGAAGCUGGCGGUCCUUUCUGCAAAGCACGCCCUUGCACAGCCAACUUGCCAAACCUGCAAGGUGUCCAGCAUGACUGUGCAGGGAAAACAACGCACGAGACCUGCACAGUGCAGGCAGCUCCGGGCUAUCGCUUUGAGUCUGCCGCGCCUCAGCUCACGGCAACUUUGGUCUGCCAGGCGAACGGCAGUUUUGCGGGUAGCAUCCCUCAGAUCCUGGCGGACAGCUGUCCUGAAGUGCAGUUCGGGCCAGGAGUGGGCAGCACUUGCAGCAAUAUUCCAGUCGAUGGAGAAUGCUGGGCGUAUUGUGAAAGUGGAUGGUCGGGACUACCCCGGAAGUAUCAUUGCCAGCUGAGUGCAGAUGCUUUGGAGCUCCGGGCUUUUGAGCAGGACAUCAACUGCACAGCUGCGAGGCGCCUGGAGGCAUCGGAACCCGGCGCCUGCUUUGACGACGCCAUGGGGACAGCCUUGUCCCUGCCAGAACUAACGCACUCCUGCAGCGAGAUGCUUCACGGGGAGGUGUGUGUUGUUCAUUGCAGCACAGGCUGGGAGAUGGUCGAGCCGAGUCCAACGAUCAUCACCUGCGACAACGCAUCUUUGGUUGGAGGACCUUUACCCCACUGUCGCCCAAAGCAGUGCGACUUUGGACUGCCGAACACUUUGGGGGUGAGCUCGAACUGCAGCGGAGCCGUGACUGGCGAGCGCUGCCUGGUUGUUUGUGAAGAGGGGUAUUACUCUGACUCUGAUUCUGGACGAGAGCAGUUCCUCUGCACGGCUGCGGGAUCUUUUGCAGGUGAGGCUCCGGAUUGCCGACGUGUGUCUUGUGCAGACCUUGAGCUGGGAGCUGACUUUCAACACAACUGUCGUGGGAAGCUCUUCGGAGAGAGCUGUGUGGUGACCUGCGCCGCGGGUUUUCAUCUCUCCGGCUGGGGAGCUUCCUUUGUCUGUGCUGGAGAUGGGAGAUAUCAGGGCCUUCUGCCUCUCUGCCAAGCUACAGCUUGUGCAAGAUUUGACGACCUGAACUUCGUCUCGACCUGCGAUUCUGUGGUGACGAACGGGAACUGCAACGUGUCAUGCGGGUCCGGGUUUGAGGAGAACUCGUCUGUUCUCACCUGCGAUGCCGCCGGCACCUUGGUGGGGCAGCUCCCCAUUUGCAAGCCAGAGGCAUGUGCAGUGGACCCGAGCUUGCAAAGCGCUUCCUACAGCCACGAUUGUCUAGCACUUCCCUUCGGUCGCUCAUGCAGUGUCGUCUGUGCCGACGGGUAUGAGCCUGACACAGAUGAAGGGCAACAAGUGGAGCCAGGGGAGCAGUGGCAGUGCGGGAUCAACGACACACACGCAUCCCACCCAAGGCUUACCGGGAUUCUUCCGAGCUGUCGUCCAGCAGCAUGCGAUGCUGGAUAUCCUCUCCAAUCUCCGGCUACCAGGGACAACUGUACCGCGAUGCUUACAGGUCAGAUCUGUGUGCAAAACUGUGCUACCGGCUUCGUUCCCAGUGACGCGAUCGUCGACAUGUUCCGCUGCAAUCCUGAUGGCGUUCUCAUUUCCAUUUCUGGAGAAGCCUUGGCUUGCCGAGUGGCCACUUGCAAGCUCACACCACUCGGGCCUGGCAUCGUGACCACUUGCGCUGGAGAGGUUCCAAUCAACAGCAUCUGCAACGCCUUCUGCUCUGCUGGGUUUCGAUUGGAAGGCCCCGUGCAACAGUGGAGAUGUGAUGGACCGAGCAGUGAACUCCCAGCUUUGGACGGCAGUGACCAGGACGUUGCGCUGCGAGGACACCUCCCAGCCUGCGUGCCCGACGCUUGUGCCUACAACAUCCCGUGGGAGAUCGAUUUUGACAACAACUGUUCGUCAGUACCGACUGGCUCCUUCUGCUUGGUUGCUUGCCCUGGCGAUGGUAACAGCAGCUUGCUGCGCUGCGCCGAAGAUGGCUCCUUACAAGGGGCUUUGCCUCUUUGCAACGAGGUGCCACAGAGUUCCAGCGAAACCACCACCAGAACGCAGACGACGACGACUACGCGCGUCAUCGUCCUUGUUGGAAAGCUGACGGUCCAAACGAAUUCUCCAGACGACCUCGGAGAUCCAGAGGUCAGAGCAGGUCUGACACGCACGCUGGCUCAAGUGCUCGAAGUCAGCCCCGAAGAUCUGGAGCUCGUUGUUGAAGCAGUUCAGGGCAGCGCUGACCUCGCGGAGGUUCAGUUCAGUUCUGCCACGGCACCGACCGUGGUGCAGCUGCAAGAACUCCAGAGAACAGCCUUCGCAGAGGUCGGAAGAGCUUUCGCAGCGGAGUUCGUGAACUACACAGAGGCCGAGAUCGCUGCUGUGGGCCCUCUGGUCUUGGCAGUCCAGCUGGGAAACGAGACGCUGGAAGUGACUAUCGCUCCCCCGGAGGCAUCGCCGGACUCCUUGCAGUUCACGACGACAAUGACCGCCUCAGCGGGUGUGUUGCUUCUCUGCUGUGCUUGCACGGGCUGCUUCAUCAGACAGCGUCUGCGUCAGGCAGGAGAGAGCAGUGAAUGCCCAUGCUCUUGUGCCAGCGCUCCGAAAGAGGCUGGCUCCUUGCCAGAAGUUGCGAGCGAUGUGCAAACAUCCAUUGGUGAGGCUGGCUCGGAUAGCUGGGACUGGGAAGAUGAAGGCGUCACGCGCACGUUGCCACCGAGCCGGGAGGUGACAGCAGGUCUCUCGUCAUUGGUCAUGUCAACGAGCGCGGGGUCAGGAUGUCCAACAAGGAGUCCCACCAUGAAGGAUCUCCGUGAGGCAGCGAAUCAUGGCGACAGCUGGCUGGGAGUAGUGCUGGGAGAGCAGGCUGAGGAUACAACCGUCAAGAAGUUGGAGGCCUUGGUGCACGGCCUGGGCUUUCAGGAGCCUUUGGCUGAAAGGCUGGCAGACGCAGGCAUCUAUCUGGAGGAAGACGAGGAUGGCGAGGAUGGCAUCCAAGAGUUCCGGCUGGCACUCGAGGAUGUCGGAGUCCACUUCGAAGAGGUCCAUGUAGGGGUGGAUGUGGACAGCGCUGCACCACGCGUCAAACCGGGAGUGGCGGCCCGAACCCGAAACGAUGUUUGCAGCAGCCGAGUAAACGACAAGACGCUGGAUGACUGCAUGGAUGAGGACCUCUUUGAGGUCUGA